AUGUUUAAUUAUCCUUAUGUGACGAUACCUAUAAACACAUUGAUCAGGCACGACCUCCUUUGCUGCAUUCACGCCAUCAGCACUUUGCUGUCCUCUUCAUCCAACACACACCUGACAUCUGCAGCUGAGGGCCAGAAGACAUGACACCGGUUCUACGCUGGCUGUGGGUUAACAGAAACUACUUCAUCAUCUUCAUCACCCCCUUUAUUAUAUUGCCUCUACCGCUGGUCAUCCCAACUCCGGAGGCAAGAUGUGGUUUUGCCAUCAUCCUGAUGGCGCUGUACUGGUGCACAGAGUGCAUGCCGCUGGCCGUCACUGCCCUGCUGCCGGUCAUCCUAUUCCCAAUGAUGGGCAUCAUGGAGUCUGGAAAGGUGUGUGUUGAGUACCUAAAGGACACCAACAUGCUGUUUAUUGGUGGUCUGCUGGUGGCUAUAGCUGUUGAACACUGGAAUCUCCAUAAGCGCAUCGCUCUCAGUGUCCUCCUAAUAGUUGGAGUUCGGCCUGCUUUGCUGAUGAUGGGGUUCAUGAUCGUAACAGCAUUCCUCUCCAUGUGGAUCAGCAACACGGCCACCACAGCCAUGAUGCUGCCCAUUUCUCAAGCUGUUCUUGAACAGCUCAGCGCCACAGAGGCAGACUCUGACGAGAAAGAGCUGAGGGAAGGCCGAGAUAACCAUGCGUUUGAGUUGGCCGAGGUCAACAUCAAACAAGCUUUAGACAAUGUCACUGGAGACAAACCCAACAACAACCCAGACAUGGAGGCAGGAAUCAAUGCACUCUCUGAACGCAGGAGGAGAGAACGGGAAGCAAAGUACCUUUGUCUCUUUAAAGGAAUGAGUCUAUCUGUGUGUUACUCUGCCAGCAUUGGAGGAACAGCCACCCUAACAGGCACCACACCAAAUCUUAUUCUCAAGGGCCAGAUGGAUGACAUUUUUCCAGAGAACAAUGACGUUAUCAACUUUGCCAGCUGGUUCGGUUUUGCCUUUCCUAACAUGGUGCUGAUGCUUGCACUCUCUUGGCUUUGGCUGCAGUUCAUGUACAUGGGCUUUAACUUUAAAAAAACUUUUGGCUGCGGUUCAAAAAAUGAGGGUGACAAAGACGCUUACAGAGUGAUGAAGAAUGAAUACAAGAAGCUGGGAACGAUGUCUUUUGCUGAGGGUGCUGUGCUUGUCAUCUUUGUGAUCCUGGUGAUCCUAUGGUUCACACGAGAACCAGGGUUCAUGCCAGGCUGGGCUACUGAGCUCUUUAACAAAAAUGGACAAUACGUCACCGAUGGCACUGUGGCCAUUUUCAUGUCAACCCUGUUCUUCGUCAUUCCAUCUCAGCUAAACUGUUCAUGUUUAGCCAGUGCUAAUGAUGAACGUGAUGAAGAAGCUGAAGAAGUGGAGGAAGGAGAAAAACAGAAGAAUGACAAGAAGAAGAAACUGAAAGGCACUCCUACUCUUCUAAACUGGAAGGUGGUAAAUGAACGUAUGCCCUGGAACAUAGUGCUGCUCCUGGGCGGAGGAUUUGCCUUGGCAAAAGGAAGUGAGGUCUCUGGACUGUCAAAAUGGCUGGGUGAAAGUCUGGCCCCACUGAAGAGCAUCCCACCCUUCGCCAUCUCUCUGAUACUGUGUCUCCUGGUGGGAACAUUCACAGAGUGCUCCAGCAACACAGCCACCACCACACUGUUCUUGCCCAUUCUGGCCUCUAUGGCCACAACCAUCGGGCUCCAUCCUCUCUACGUGAUGCUGCCCUGCACCAUCAGCGCAUCGCUGGCUUUCAUGCUUCCUGUAGCCACUCCACCCAACGCCAUCGCUUUCUCCUAUGGCAACCUCAAAGUCGUGGAUAUGGCAAAGGCAGGCUUCAUUCUCAACAUCAUUGGCAUUCUAUCCAUCAACCUUGGCAUCAACACAUGGGGAACGGCCAUGUUCAAUCUAGGAACCUUUCCCUCAUGGGCCAACGCCACAAAUGUCACAAGCACACCAUGAACAUCUUCACAUAUAAUUCUUUGGUUUUGUGAGAAUGCUGAAGGGAGAGAGAGGGGGAAAAAGAAGCUAAUCCAAAAAAUACCAUCAUCAAAUGGACAAAAGAGUCACAGUAUGCAGAGCAUGUAGCGCCCGUCCCCUCAUCAAUGCCCUCUGGAGCAAAAGCUCAGUUUUUCUCAAACCUUUAGACAGCGUCUUUUCAAGCACUAUGUAAGUGGCUGGUAAGAAUUUACAGCCUCUGUAUCACUUAUUUACAUCUUUAAAGUCACUCAAGUGUGAGGACUUUGUAAAUGUGCGUUGGCAUCCAUGUAGCACUUUUCCUACCCCAGUGCGGGUAAAAGGUUUUCUGGUCUUCCAUUUGUGCUGGUUCACGAAAAUUACAUUAAUUUAUAGGGUCUGGACAAGACUUUUUAUAUUUUAGAUCCCUUUUUGGAUCACAGUCUAUUUAAUACAUGGCUGAAUCAUAAAAUCUGAAUCUGUUAAGUAACACAGUUGAAGAUUUUUAAAUACCCCUACUUUGUAGAAGUAAAUACUUGUAGGUAAAAGUCACAGCAUUUCUCAGAAUUUGUGCCUUUUCUCAAAUAAAAUUAGUUUUGUGAAGUCUUGUGGGAAAUUUCAUUUUACAGCACUUGCAGCAACAUUGUUGGGAACUGAUUUCAAGUAAUCAUUUCAUAAAAUGUCAUUUAUAUUAUUG